CGUCAUGUAGACAUAUUUGUGUUCGUCGAAAGCAUUUUGAUCUUUAUAAAUUUUGUUUAGUUAUGCUCCUAAACUAUUGCCACUGCUCAUGAAUAAUCCGUGACAGAAAACCGGUAUUGCUAUUCGGAGAGUUUCUGCCAGGAAUGUCACCAACGCCCGUAGAAGCCGCCCCCACGGGAGCUGGGCAGUUGGUAUCCAUGGCAACAGCGGCGACUCAACAGCAGGGUGCCGGACGCAUCUCGCUUGCGGUUCUAAUAGACUACAUUGUGCAGAGAACUUACCAUGACCUUACCGUCCUCUCAGAACUGUUACCUAGAAAGUCGGACAUUGAACGGAAAGUGGAGAUAGUUCAACUGGCACAUAAGACAAGGCAGCUGUUCAUUAGGUUGUUAGCACUGGUGAAAUGGGCCAACAGUGCAGCGAAAGUAUACAGAUGUAGUGAUAUCAUGAUGUUCUUGGAUCAGCAGGCGAUGUUGUUUACAGACACGGCGGACAUGUUGGCUCAGAUUGCACGUGAGAAGCUAGUAAAUGCUAGAUUACCAAACUUCAGUCUGCCCCUGGCAGUAGACGUACUAACAACGGGCACGUUUCCACGUCUGCCAGCAUGCAUCAGGGAUCGCAUUGUUCCCCCGGAUCCCAUCACGGAGACGGAGAAGCAGUCGACGUUGCAGUCCCUCGACAACAUCAUCCAGUAUCGGCUCGUCACCUCCAGUCUGCCGCCACAGAUGAGGAAUCUUACCAUCGAAGAUGGCAGGGUGACAUUUCAUGUUGAACACGAGUUUGAGGUGUCGUUAACGUUGAUGGGCGAUGGUCCAGUCGUUCCCUGGAGGCUGCUGGAGAUUGAUAUUCUUGUGCAGAAUAAGGAGACUGGAGACGGGAAGGCGUUGGUUCAUCCACUGCAGAUUCAUUACAUUCAUCAGCUGUUACAGUCGCGCAUGAUAGACAACAGUCAGCCGCUGCACGAUCUCUACAACUGCCUGCAUUCUUUUUGCCAAAGCUUGCAGCUGGAAGUACUCAAUUUCCAGGCGGAUAAACUGAUGCAGGAGCGACUGGGUGCUUCUAUACGCAUUGCCGAGUACACCCCGGGCCGAUGUCUGUCCGUCACAUACUGGAGGAAGGGCUUGAAGAACUACACGGUGAGCGAUUACUCGCUGUCGGUACAGGUCGACGCUCACGACAGCAACAAGCCACUACAGGUCGUACACAAACCCGUAAUCAGGGAUUCAACGCUGGCUGAGCAAGCUGUGAAGUCGGAGCAUUUGUCAAUAGAGAAGCUGCUCAUUCAUACGAUUCAUGUGAGGGCCAAAGGAAAGUUAGAAGACAUAUCCUCGACCAUGGAGAAAUUCACUACUGGCAAGAGUGUGAUCAGUGGCACCCCGGCCGUGCUGUUUGUGCCGCUACUCUCUCCCUGCAUCGCCUCUGAGCAGCUGCAUGUGUCCGUCGACUUCCUCACCGGCAGAGUUCUCACCAGCAUCCCGCUCUGGGAACCUGUUCAUCAGACUGUCAAGGACAUAGAGAAUGCACUCAAUGGCGAGAAAGCAGAUUUAGAGAGGCUGUUAACUGAAGUCAGGUUUGAGCUCAUGCUAAGCCGCAUCGAUCGCACGGUCCAACAUCAGUUUGUCGAGUGCCACACGGAGCUCCCCCUGGUGGGCUGGGAGCAGAGCCCUCUACAGGCGCUGAGCAAACACAGAAUGUACCUCUGCCUGACCAAGUACUCAAACUGCUACGUGGUCGUGGAGUUCAAUGAGAGUGAGGAGGACCGCCGCAUCAUCGUUCCCACCUACUACAUGAUGACGGCGAAGGUGGCGGCCUACGAGGGGGCGCCACCGGACACGCCGACGCCUUACUUGCGAGUCACCAGUCUCAUACAGUUUGACACGUACGCUAUAACGCACGGACCAUUCACGCAAGCGGCGGUUCCGGAGCAGGAAAAGAAGAAUGGGGGUUAUUCGGGAAAGAGAAAGCUGUCUGGCACAGAUUCGGCAUCGAAGAAGCUGAGAGCGGAGAGCUGGUAUCACAUCCCUGAGCUAGCGCACGCGGUUGCCAUGUGCGAGGAGAGAAUUCCGUUCUGGGUGCUCAGUGAAGAGCUGAGCGGGAGAGGAGAGGCACAUCAGGGUAUUGAGGUGGAUCCAUUUGGAACAGGACUAGUUCUGAAGAUGAUCACGAUGCCCGGUGUCACUGUAAACAAGGGAGCGAGGAAUCUACAGAAGAAGCUGAUAAACUGCGCGUUCCGUGUGCAGGGAGGCAAACCCACGCGGCUGUGGGUCGUCGAGUUUGUACUCGUUCGUGGCCCUCUGCUCACGAUCUGCGAGAAAGAGCAGACACCCCGACAGCACAUCUACUUCCAGUACGACUUUGUCGAGAACGAGAAGAUAUCAGAGGUCGUGGAUGCGUUUAUAGAACACUGGAAGCUCAUGGUGCAUCUGUACGUGGCCGUCGUAGACUUUGCUGACUACAUGCUAGACGUGCAAAGUUCCCUGUGCAGCAUCGUGGAGGUUUACUCAUACAACUAUAAGAAACUGGUGUUAAACUACGGACCGAUGUUUUCGAACCAGGUCGUGUUGGAGUGGUCGGUACAGGAGAAGCAGUUCAAGCUGACGUUCUGCAUGGCCAGACACGAGUCGCCAUACACAAACUGUCACAGCAUUGUCAGCGCACAGCUGCAGUGUGAAUUCAACCAGCACAGAUCCAUCCCACAGCUAGUACAGGUACUACAUGAGACGUACUACCCUCUAGUGGCAGUCGCUAAGCUUCCCACGAAUCCGACUCUCGCUGGAAGUACAAACCUCAGCCGGGCCGUGCAGAACUUCAGCGUGAUCGUGCAGUCGAGCACUCACAUCAAGAUAGCGUUCCGCAGCACCUACUGUCUCGACGUUCACUGCCGCAGCGGCGGUCUGGUCGCAGUCAGGGAUGGAGCUUACAGCCUGUUUGACAAGAGCAAGGCUAUAGAAGGCUUCAACCCCACGCAGGGCUUGAAGACGCUGCUGAACAUGUACGUUGAUGACUCGUCGUCGCGCUCGCGCUCCAUGACGGAGGAUGACAACCCGCCUUCGCCGAUGGAGCCGGUCGACUCAUUCCUCGCUCAGCAGCAGCCCGGCGUCGGCUCUCCGGCACAGCGUGGUGACGGUCUGCGCUUCCACCACCCUAUGACGCCACCGUCCAACCCACACACGCCCGCGUCGCCACACACGUCCGUGCUGCACCAGGGCUAUCCAUCUCCUGGGAGCGGAUUCCCGCUGUCGUCCCCACCGACAGUAGCGCCCUCUCCAUCGCUGCAGAUGCCGACGCCGUCGCCAGGGGGGUUGCUGUCGAGCUCUCCCAGCCCCGCCCUCCACGCCCCCUCCCCCGGGCAGGUGUAUGCACCCGUGCCCCACAUGCACUCGCCUGCCUUCAUGCAGCCCUCGGACAAUACGGCCUCGCCGAGCAGGAAGAAAGGGAACGUUCCGGGAGCCGAGUCGGGAUCCCCGUUCCCGAGCAAUCUCCCGAUGCAGUCUCCGGGAACCCGGUGGCCCGCGUCGCCGUCCAUGCCGGGACCGUCGCCCGCGUCCCGGCUUCCAGUGGCGAUGUCGCCUGGAGGUCACCCGGCGCUACACUCUCCCUCUAGCGUGGAGGCGGUGAGGGGAGCUGUCGCAGGGUUAAGAAACUAUGUGCUGACCCGGAACGAGGACAACCUUAUGGCACUGCCUACUACUGAGCCUGGGGUGCUGAUGAUGAAAGUAGAAACCCUGACAUGUAGAGUGGCGCUCCACCCAGCUACCUUACAGAUGCUACAGCUGAAGCUCUCUCCACUGCCAGAAUUGCAGGAUCAGUGGAGUGUGGAGGAGCUCCAAGUCCUGGAGACUGCAUUCGAGUGUAAGGUAGCCUGCACUCCAUACAAGCCCAACGCAAUCCUGGCCUUCAGUCGUCUGCUCGCUGUACCGAUGCGAAUUCUAAAGGACUGCGUCAAGCUCAUGCAUCUAGAACUGAGACCGGACAGAUGUCAUAAGUGGUCGGUGCAGUGGUGUUGGACGAUUCCACCAUCCGCUCCUCACAUCGCUCCCGCUGGCACUGCCGCCAUCAUCACCACCAAGAACAAGAUACUGUUCUAUCUUCACCUGACGCGUGUCGGCAUGGCGCUGCCCGUCAACGUCGAGCCGCAGACGAUCGUCGUGCCGAUCGUCUACGAGACACAGGCGAACCAGACGCUGCUGGCUGACCCGCGCGGCCUGCAGAUGCCGCCCGUCACCGCUAACUCCAUCAUCUCCACAAUGUUGAAACGCUUCGCUGAGUUCCACAACAACCAGAUGGGCGAAUGCAGCAUCUUUCCUGCCGUGCAAGACCUGCUAACGAACCUGGUCAUACCAACGCCUGGAGCUACAGCGGGUCCACCUAAUGCUGGAGGCAUGGGGAUGCCUAUAACAUCCAUGUAAACCCACCACCACUGCCGCCACCUCUAGUACCACCACCACCACUACUGCCGCCGCCCCACCACCACCACUACUGCCGC